CAGACCCACACAUAUCAUGUGUGUUACUGUUACUGUUGCCAUAGCCCUGCCUUCAUUUUGCCCUUUCCAGGUGACCGACCGACCGACCGACCGCCUUUCAUCGACUAAAAGCGCGGCGCCGGAAAUUGAUGGACGGACGGAUGGAAUCCACAGCGCAGAUUAUAUAGAUGUUCGCGCCGCUUGCGUUGCUAUCAAUCUGGAAGGAAGUAUUAUGAAGAGAGGUAUUCUCAGAACCCACUUUGCCUGCUGAUGCUCAAUUAAGAGCAAUAAAUCAUCAAGUUAAUUCUCGUUUUCCUUUUUGAGAAUGAUCUUAUACAUCACGGUUUGGCCUUUUCGAAAUUCACAUGCAAUGCAUGUGCCAAAUUGCUUGAAUUCCAGGCUUCUUAGCCAGAUAGAUAGCCGGAAACAUCCCAUGAGUUGUGUUUAAUUGGUUUGGCUUGGAAUGGGGUGAUCUACCCUGUGGUUGAUUGCUCAUUUCAGUUUUUGAUUGAUAAGGCUGUCUGGAGGGUACAUUCAUCAAUGCUCCUGCUAGGAAAUUCUUUGAAUGAGGUUUGAGUUAUGUUAUUGUGAAAAUCUAUGAUAGAAAAGAUAUUUUGGGGUCAAACCACAAAGCUGAAGGGUAGAUGGAAUCAAUACCAAACAUAUGAAGUCCAUUGAAAAUCUGAAAGAAACUAGUUAUGCGUUUGAAGUUGAAGAAGAGCAGUUGAACACGGAAAUGUGUCAUGUCGGGCUCUGUGUUCUCAAAGAGGCUUCUUUUUAACUGUGGUUUGAGAUAUUUUUCUUUGGGUAUCCUACCUUGAAGAGACUUUAUUGCUAUGGAAACUACCUGAUAAAGUGUUUCAGCAUUACAGGCGUGGUCUUGAAUCUUGAUGCUUGAUUAUUAUUGGAGAUGAGAUGCUCCGUCUCAUGGAAUCCUCAUAUAGUCAUGUUGAGUCACCAUCAUUUCUUCAUGUUAUUUUCCGCAAGGCGUUUCUGGAUGCACGUUAUUGAUGUGACCGACUGCGACCAUCCGUUUCAUUCAUGCGCGACGUCAUAUGCAUUAAAAGUUUUGGCACGUGAUGUGCAGAGCAAUCACGUGAUGUGCAGAGCAAUGACGUGUUUUCGACGAAAGACUAACCGUCUAUAGUAUAAAACCCAGCCCUCUUCUUUUCACCUACCAUUGUAAUUUGAGAAGAGGGAUUGAAAAGACUCUCCGAUGGUGAUGAGCAGUUCAAGAGCGGAUAAAGGGAAAGGGAUUGCGAUGGAGUUCGGGAAAGUGUGUGUGACAGGAGGAACAGGCUAUCUGGCAUCUUGGAUGAUACAGAGGCUUCUUGAAAGAGGUUACUCAGUCAACACAACUGUGAGAUCUCAUCAAGGAAUGAUGUCUAACUGGGGAUAUGGAUUACUUCGCAACCUCCUUUUCACUGGGAAACGGGCCCUAGAAGAGGAUUCUUUCUGCUCAACCGGACAACAAUAUUUUGGUGUGGAUGUGAGCUUUCUCAGAAGUCUACCAGGUGCACGAGAAAGGCUUACGAUUUAUGAGGCAGACAUGGACCAUCCAGAAAGUUUUCGAGCAGCAGUUGAUGGGUGUUUCGGAGUCUUUCUGGUUGCUCAUCCAACGGUCGCUGAUGAAACAUUGACUGUGGAGGAGGUGUGCGAACAGACUGCCUAUGCUACAUUAGGGAUUCUGCGAUGCUGUGUCGAUGCUGAAACAGUGAAACGAGUUGUGUACACAUCAGCAGCAAUCACUGUGAUGUUUGGUAACGAGUAUUCAGGCGUCGUGGAUGAAAAUACACUGUGUAAACUGUCUGUAGCUUAUUUAUCGCAGCUUUCACUUGCUAAGUACACAGCUGCCAAAGCUUACACAGAAUUGACUGCCCAAAGAUUUGCCGAGCGAAAUGGGAUGGGAUUUGUCAGUGUCCUCCCCAGCUGGAUACACGGCCCCUUCCUUACCCCCACAUGCCCUGGCUCCGUGUAUACCUUGAUGUCUAUGCUUUUCCGGGAUCGGCGCCAGUACAAGUAUAUAUCAUUGGUUGAUAUUGUGCACGUAGAUGACGUGGCAAGGGCUCACAUCUUUCUCCUGGAGACCCCCUCAGCAUCUGGGAGGUACAUUUGCUCUGCUGUCGAAACUUCAGCCGGUGAGCUCUAUGAAUUUCUUUGCUACAGGUAUCCUGAAAGCAUAAUCGCAACGCCUCCUGUUAAGUGUUUGGGAUAUGCGAGAGGCUAUACACUUUCGACAAGAAAGCUUUCUGAUUUGGGGUUCGCUUACAACUAUGGGCUUGAAGAAAUGUACGAUGGCGCAGUCGAGAGUUGCACCAGGACUGGCUAUUUCCUCCCGCCCGAGUAAAAGGUAUAUGUUCAAUUUAUGUAUGUGUGUAUAUACUAUAUGCAUACAUAUAUCUGUCUGUGUCUGUGCGGAAUAAAUCUUGUGAGAAACCAAGCUAUGGUGGUUCUCAUGGUAGUGUUGUAAUAAGACUGUUUGUAUGUUUGCUUAUUAUAUGUAUGUAUAUACAUACAUAUAUGUGUCUGUGUGUUGAAUAAAUCGUGUGAGAAACCAAGCUGUGCUGGUUCUCAUGGGAGAAUUGUAUUAAACCUGCUUGUUUGUUUGUAAUAAAAUGUUUGUCGAACCUUGCGGCAAAUGUAUUGAGAGUA